AUGCAUAUUUUUGAUUCUGUUGGUAUUGGUGCAAGCAGCGUUGUCCAUAGAGCUAUUUAUGUACCAGUCCAUCGAGUUUUGGCACUCAAGAAAAUUAGCAUUUUUGACAAGGAAAAGAGACAACAGAUUCUUAAUGAGAUCACAACGUUAUCAGCAGCAUCUUGUUAUCCAGGUUUAGUUGAAUUCCAAGGAAUUUUUUACACUCCGGACUCUGGAGAAAUAUACUUUGCUCUUGAGUAUAUGGAUGGUGGUUCAUUAGCAGAUAUUAUCAGGGUCAAGAAAUUCAUAACAGAACCAGUUCUUUCACAUAUGCUACAGAAAGUGUUGCUAGCUCUGCGCUACUUGCAUGAAGUGAGGCGUUUAGUUCACAGAGAUAUAAAGCCAGCAAAUUUGCUUCUAAAUCUAAAGCGUGAUACGAAAAUUACAGACUUUGGUGUAACUUCUGGACUGCAUGAUUCAGUUACCAUGUGUGCUACCUUCCUGGGCAGUGUCACAUAUAUGUCUCCCGAGAGAAUUCGGAACGAAAAUUACUCAUAUGCUGCUGAUAUCUGGAGCCUUGGACUAACAGCAUUGGAGUGUGCAACUGGAAGAUACCCAUAUGAUGUAAAUGGGGGCGAGGCCGACCUCAUGCUGCAGAUAUUGGAAGAUCCAUCGCCAACACCACCACAACAUAUGCAUUCAGAAGAGUUUUGCUCGUUCAUUGAUGCUUGCUUGCAGAAAGAUGCUGAUGCAAGACCAACAUGUAAUGAGCUUUUGUCUCAUUCCUUCAUCAAGAAAUACGAGGGACCUGGUGUGGACUUGGCAGAGUACAACAAAAGUGUUCAUGAUCCAGCGGAAAGAUUAUCGCAGAUAGCACAUAUGCUUGCUGUACAUUACUACCUGAUCUUUGGUGUCACAUGA